AUGCACACGAUCGCACAACGGAUCAAUGCCGUCUCGGCGGUGGCAACCACGACGAUCAUCCUCCUCGUCGCUGGGAUCGCGCUAAUCGGCUUGUUUGAGAAGCCGGUGUUCGAACCGGCUCGGGUCGAAGUCUCCGAUGUCGAAGUCUUGUGGGGUCAUGACAGGAGGGAUCACUUCGAUCGAAGAGAUCGUGAAUGGACUAAUUUCCGAUUUGCAGUCGAAGCAGAUCUACGGCCUAUCUUCCGGUACAACACCAAGCAGAUUUUCGUCUACCUGGUCGCCAAUUACUCGACCCCAGAGUUCCCGUCGAACGAGGUGGUGCUAUGGGACCGAAUCAUCAGGAAUGCGCGGGAUGCGAAGAUCAACCUUAGUGGAGCGCGGAACAAGUAUGCAUUCAAGCACAUCGGCGGCUCCUUCAAGGAGGUUAAUGCUACUUAUACUUUGCAUUACAAUCUCAUGCCUAAAGUCGGUGCUCUCACCUGGGGUGUCGCCGGCCAGACUAAAACAUCUGUCCCCUUCCCUCCCGUGAACUACCGCAAACCUCUGAACCGUUAA